AUGGCGCGGGUCUACGCCGACGUCAAUCAGAAUAUGCCCAGAAGCUAUUGGGACUAUGAUAGUGUUAACAUCAGCUGGGGAAUCCUAGAAAACUACGAGGUCGUUCGCAAAAUUGGCCGUGGAAAAUAUUCCGAGGUCUUUGAGGGUAUCAACGUGAUUAACUAUCAGAAAUGCGUCAUCAAGGUCCUGAAGCCAGUUAAGAAGAAGAAGAUCAAGAGAGAAAUCAAAAUCCUCCAGAACCUUUCGGGUGGUCCCAAUAUCGUUGCCCUCCUGGACGUUGUCAGAGACAAUCAGAGCAAGACUCCGUCUCUCAUCUUCGAAUAUGUGAAUAAUACAGACUUUCGAAGCCUCUACCCGAAGUUCAACGAUAUCGAUGUGCGUUACUACAUCUACGAGCUACUCAAGGCUCUUGACUACUGCCACAGCAAGGGUAUUAUGCAUCGAGAUGUAAAGCCUCAUAACGUUAUGAUCGAUCAUGAGAACAGAAAGUUACGUCUCAUCGACUGGGGCCUAGCCGAGUUUUAUCACCCAGGAACAGAAUAUAACGUGCGCGUUGCAUCUCGCUACUUUAAGGGGCCCGAACUGUUGGUUGACUUCCAGGAAUACGACUACAGUCUGGACAUGUGGAGUCUGGGUGCCAUGUUUGCCUCUAUGAUCUUCAGAAAGGAGCCUUUUUUCCACGGAAACAGCAACUCAGACCAGCUUGUUAAGAUUGCAAAGGUUCUCGGUACCGAUGAUCUUUUUGACUAUUUGGACAAAUACGAGAUAGAGCUUGACCCCCAAUAUGAUGAUAUCCUCGGUCAUUUCACGAAGAAGCCUUGGCAUAGUUUCGUCAAUACUGAGAACCAACGAUUCGUGAGCAACGAGGCCAUCGAUUUCCUAGACAAGCUUCUGAGAUACGAUCAUCAGGAGCGUCUUACCGCCAAGGAGGCUAUGGCACAUCCAUACUUUGCUCCCAUCCGGGACGAAGCCACUCUCAAGGAGUAUCUUGGUGGCGCAACUGUUAGCUCAGAGUCUUAA